AUGGCCUUCCAGAUGGCAGCACCCAAUCGCCAACCCCCGCCGGCUGGCUUGUCACUGAACCUCUCCUCCAACAACCCUUUUCGCAACCGCGCCGUCUCGCCUUCGCCGCACAGUGCCAGCGCCCUCCACACCGCCUUCCCGCUUCCACCGCAACCACCAGCGCGCCCAAUGUCGCGCAACCCCUUCCUCGACGACACCGACUUCCCGUCCGCUCCCGCGCGCAGUGGCAGUGUUGUCAACAACAAUCCCGCCGUCCCUGAUGACAUCUUCAGAGACCUCUCGUUACUUGACAGACCAAACACAAACGAAGCUGUACCACGAGCUUUCAAUGGCGCUCAGGUGCGAUCAGGGAUGCCUCCGCCACCACAACGGCCGCAGAGACCGGAUGAACCUCGCGAGCGACAAGUUCGGGGACCGCCACGAGCUCCCGAGCAUCCCGCGAAUCGUCAAUACAGGCCGCGCCGUGCCUCCGAGUCAUCCGUGAUGGAGAGGGAGCGCAGGCCGCGCGUAGAUGCKGACCGCGGUGAGAUGCGAGAGCGCACUGAAUCAUCAGAACGUCGUCGACGUGAGAGGCGAGAAGAGAGACAUAGGAGGGAAAAAGAGAAGAUCCGGAAUGGAGAGAAGAGUUCCAGCUCCCGAUCGAAGAAGCCAAGAGGGCUCGACAUUAUCGACAAACUGGAUGUGACCGGGAUCUACGGACAAGGACUUUUCCACCACGACGGCCCCUUUGAUGCCUGUAACCCACACCGCAACGCCAAAAAGGACCGACGAGCUCCAAUGGAGGCAUUCCCAGCAGGAUCCGCAAACAUGGCGCUUGGAGGCUCUGGUCCAGUGUCCUCGAGAUUGGAUCUCGACAAAUUCCAUGGACGAGGCCAAGAAAGCUUCUCAGAGUAUGCGGCCACCAGAAAAGUGGAUACGACGAUCGUAGACCCAACAUUGCGCGCACCGCCUGUGCACGGAGAGGAGACCUAUGGACUUGGAACUUCGACAUUCCUUGAUGGCGCACCGGCUAGUAAGACGGCACUGCAGCGUCGUGUAUCGGAGGAUCCGGCCGCCGAGGGAUCGGGAUCCGGCCUAUCAAGGAAGAAGUCAAUCGCCCAGCGCUUUAGGGGCAUGUCUGGCUCUCGACCAAACCGCCCGGGCGAAGGCAACAGCCCACCUCACAUCAAAGCCGUGAGUGCAGGCGGCCUAGCCCGUGCACGAUACAACAAGGAGAACGAGGUCAACCCGUUCGAGAACGACUAUGAACCGGCGUUUGAGAAGAAAGGAACGCAGAUCCGGAUCGCAGAGCAGGAGAGACCGUCUGCGACCAACGGCCGAGGCGAGGGUAGCCCAAAGGCUCCCUUGGGCAGGAGCCGCACAUCCGAGUCAGAUGUGCCUACCAGAGGCAACACGCGCAGCAGCAAUGAAGAUGAGCGCUCUGCUCCCGGCGGUGGGUUUUUGAGCCGCAUGAAGUCCCUGAAGGGAGGUAAUCGACGACCAAGAAACGAUGCGAACUAA